AUGAAAGCGCUUCUUUUUCAAUUACUACCUGUUGCUUAUGCUUUUAGCGCCAGCACCUUUAUCCUGCCUCUCGGGCAGAACUCGCCCAAUUAUACUUUCGCACUUAGUAUUCCCAAGAACUCAACCGAUAUUUACUUCCACCUAUCCGGACCGACUGACUACUCUUGGGUAGCGGUGGGAACAGGGCGCAAUAUGGAAAAUUCACUUAUGGUUUUGCUCUAUGCCGCUGCAAACGGGAAGAAUGUUACCGUUAGCCCUCGUCUCUGCUCUGGUCAUCAAGAGCCGGUCUAUUCGUCUGCACUAGCGGUCGAUAUCCUAAAUGGAACCGGUAUAUAUGGGAAUACAAUGACACUUAACGCACGAUGCUCGAAUUGCGUACACUGGGGAACUGGCUCGCUAGAUCUUAAAUCCUCGUCUCAGUCAUGGAUUUAUGCCCUGGGUCCAAGUGGUGGAACGGCUGCAAUGCUUCGGAGCAACUCUAAAACUGCUAGCAUUGAGAGACAUUCAAGAUACGCUGUCUUGCUAGGGCGCUUUACCAUGGAUAUGGUGCGUGCAAUUAGUGACUCUGCAGGACUCCCUGCAUCCUUUACAACUGCAGCUGGCUCUAAUAUGGACGGAUCCAUCACGAUUGAUAGCAAUUGGCCAAGCAUCAUCCACGCUCUCUGCCUUUGUGGCACAUUUGUUAUAAUGAUGCCUCUUGGUGUAACAUUCCUUCGCAUCUUCCCACGAAGUGUUCGAUGGCAUUGGAUAAAUCAAACUCUCUCCUCUACAAUCACCUUUGUGGGGUUUAUAAUCGGGAUUUACCUCAGCACUAUGUUUACCAAGUCGGAGAAAGCUAACUCGACACAUCAAAUCAUCGGUAUUAUGAUCGGUCUCGCACUAAUCAUUCAGCUAGGAAUGGGAUCCUGGCACCAUUGGGUCUUUAAGAGGACUAACUCUCCCACUAUAUUUGGCAGAAUUCAUCGCUACUUUGGACAUAUUGUAAUACUACUUGGUAUUAUUAAUGGUGGCAUCGGACUGACUUGGUCUUAUGCAUCUAGGUCAGUUGUUAUCGGGUAUUCUAUUGCUGUACUUAUUAUUUGCUUGGUAUAUCUUGUUGCUCUUUGGAAGGCUAAGUGGGACACCAAGCAUUAUAAAAGAAGUAAUGUAAGUGCUGUUAAUGAGCUUAACCAGCCUGGUUUGGGAUAUGAAUUAUAA